AUGGAUACAUUAAUUGAAUAUGGUGCUAAACUGAAUCCAGAAUGGCUUCAACGCAAUAUAGGUGAAGAUUCAAAAGAAAUACUUAAUGCGUUCCUUGAUACUGAUAUAGAAGAUACUUCAAAAGAAGUCCUCAGCGAUGAAAUUUACCAAAAACCAAAAUUUACAAUGGAAGAAAACAUAAUUUUCCAAGUAAAUGAGAUAGUAGAUAUCAGUAUUACAUACGCUCAGAGGGUAAAUUUCGAGAUGAACGAAAAUGGACUACUUAAACUACUCCUUCAUGCUAAAGGAUGCGAUUUUAUUGGACUUUUGGAUGUUAAUCAGUUAGAUCUCGACGUAUUAUCUAUACCAGGACUCAAAAUAUGCGUUCAUAAAGGCACUGAAGCAUUCUAUGGUGUAUUUCUCCUAAAUAAAGAUAAUACAAAGGUCUUGGGAGGAAAAUCGAAUCAGAUUAUCUCAAAAAGAGAGAAAUUACACAUAUACAAGAACGAUGCAGUCGUUAUUUACGAAAAUGAUCUCCCAAUUACCGAAGUUCCUAACGAAUCGAAGAAAAAGAGAAAAGUUACAAAAUCUGAAAAGAAAACUACAAGAAAGAAGACAACAAGGUCGAAAUCAACUACAAAGGAACCAGAUACAGUUGAAAUCCAAUCAGAAAAACCUAAAAAAUCGAAGCCUCAGUUGAAAUUGUCGAAAUUAAACGAAAAUGACGAAGAAAUGGACUUCCUUUCAAAUGAUGACCUCCAAAGCGAUGAGAUCCAAGAGAUUGAAGCUACAAUUGAAGCAAGCCAAAGAAAUGAAGAAAUUCAAUCGUCACAAAAUUUACCAAAAAGUGACAAUAUUCAAAAAAGUGCCAAAAAUCAAAAUUUCACUAGUUUUGACAAAAAUUCAAAGAUCAUUGAAGUCAACAACAUUUGCCUUGUGAAGAAGAAUGGAGAACUGAAGUAUUCCAUCACAUGCACCUUAUCUGAUAAGAAACAAGUCAGAUUAAGCGAUGAUUUAUGCAUCAAAGCAUUCAAUUGCUUACCAGACCAAUUUAUCAGAUUCCCACAGAGUGAGAUGGACAGGAUAAGCAACUUAGCAUCAUCCAGUUUGCUUGGAGUUAUGGGAUAUGUCAAAGAUGGCUUCUUUUAUGAAUAA